AUGCAGGUCGUCAUUGUGGGAGCCGGACGUGCUGAUUUGGUGGCGCAGACCAAGGCAGUGGAGAAGAAGUUCCCCGACAAGUUCUUCUACGCGGGCUGGAUGGGUCCUGAGCGUUAUGCCCUCCUGGCGGGCUGCGACUAUACCUUGCUUCCUUCCAGGUGGGAACCUUGUGGCCUUGUGCAGAUGGAAGCGAUGCGACUAGGCACCUUGCCUAUUGUGGCCCCAACCGGUGGCCUGAAAGACACGGUGGAGGAUGGUGUCAACGGUCUUUGGACAGAGAAGGAGAUGACUGUUGAGGCAGUGAUCGAGGAGGAGUCUGUGAAUGCUAUCUCGAAGUCACUGCGCCGUGCUGCCAAGCUCUUCACUGAGGAGCCCAGCAAGGUGGUGAAGAUGAAGCAGGCAGCCAUGGCAGCCGCUGCUGAGUUUACCUGGAGCAACGCUGCCUUGCAGUACGAGGCCAUCUUUGAGGAGCUGGGCGUGAAGGAUGUCCUUGGAGGCAGAACCGAGACAGUGACUUUGGAGACAGACAAGCAGGUCUGCUAA